AUGGCCCGCAAACUGGCCUUGCUCUUGGUAUUAAUGUACUCAAUCCAAAUCCUCGCACUUCCUACUCCCUACGAAAACUCAAUCGCAUUCAAAUCCCUUGCCUCAACAUAUACCUAUAACAAGCGAUACUAUUUCCCGGAAACCUUACCCGACGAAGAUGAGCUCGCAGCAAUGUUGAAAGAGACCGCGAUGCGCGAAGCAGGCUUCAUGCCCUCGUCAAACCGAUCACCGUCGAAUCCGAAACCCAAAUCAAACCAUCAUCAAACGGUGGUGGAGACAGAGCUCCAGAAAUCACUUCCGGAUACGGAUACUGCGAUCGGCACGGAUGCAUCGGCCCAACCACAGCCGGAUUGGUACAUAAUCCAAGACACAAAGCUGAAGCAGUCCCAGUCCCUAUCCCGUCUGAAAGAAUCCGUCGUGGCCGCAAUAGCAUCAGAUGACUGCCCGAUUUAUUGGCCGUCGUUUGGAUUCUUCGUUGUCUCGGCUGCGAUCGUCUGUGUCUUUACCGUAUUGAGGGGGAUCCGCGCCAAGUGA